CGGAGGGAUACAGGUGCAGUCAGGUUAACGGACAGCCUGAAGUUAAUUGAAGGUCAUUUUGGCGCUUUUGGAAGACAGGAUUACGGAGUUUAUAAAGAAGCCCCAAUAUGACGGGACGAGCUAGGGCGAGAUCCCGAGGCAGAGGUCGUGGCCAGGAGGCUGCUGCUCCAGGCGUGCAACCAUCCACAUCACAAGAGGGGGCAAAACCUGUUUUGCCUUCUCCAGCUGAAGGAGAACUGGUGGGGAGGGGGAGGCAGAAAACUGUACCUGGAGCAAUAUCUGGAGAAGCAAUGGUCCAGAUUUCUGCAGGAUUUAAGCAGGUUAAGAUCGGGGAGAGAGGUGGACGCAGGCGGGAUUUUCAUGAUUCAGGCGUCCACACUCGCCAGCUCAUGGAACAUGUCAAAGAGUCUAAAACAGGUGUUUCAGGCACUGCCAUUGAGCUGAGAGCCAAUUUUAUGCGUCUGAUUUCACGGCCCCUUUGGGCUCUCUACCAGUACCAUGUGGACUUCAUGCCACCUAUGGAGUCACGUCGUCUGCGCACUGCUUUGCUUUUCCAGCAUGAAGAGACUCUGGGCAAAGCACACUCAUUUGACGGAGCCAUUCUCUUCCUUCCUAACAAACUGCACAACACUGAGACGGUCUUGUGCAGUGAAACCAGACAAGGAGAGAAGGUGCAGAUCACAGUCACACUUACAAAUGAACUGCCGCCAUCCUCUCCAGUGUGCCUGCAGUUUUACAAUAUCCUCUUUAAGAGAAUCCUGCGGAUGCUAAACAUGCAGCAGAUUGGUCGCCAUUACUACAAUCCUGAUGAUCCAUUCAACAUCCCCCAGCACAGGCUGACAAUUUGGCCUGGCUUUGUGACCACCAUCCUUCAGUAUGAGUCCAGUAUUAUGCUGUGCACCGAUGUGAGCCACAAAGUUCUGCGCAGUGAGACAGUUCUUGACUUCAUGUACAGUCUGAGGCAGCAGUGUGGAGACCAGCGCUUUCCUGAAGUCUGCACCAAGGAGCUUGUGGGCCUGAUAAUCCUCACCAAGUACAAUAACAAGACCUACAGGAUUGAUGACAUUGCCUGGGACCAUACCCCCAACAACACGUUUAAGAAGGGAGAUUCGGAGAUCUCUUUCAAAAACUACUUUAAGACGCAAUAUGGUCUGGACAUAACCGAUGGGAACCAGGUUCUUCUGGUCAGUCAUGUGAAGAGACUCGGUCCCACAAGUCGGCCUCCACCUGGACCUGCCAUGCUCGUCCCAGAGUUCUGCUACCUCACAGGACUGACAGAUAAGAUGCGCUCUGAUUUCAACAUCAUGAAGGAUCUAGCCUCACACACAAGACUUAGUCCUGAACAGAGAGAGGGCAGAGUAAACCGUCUAAUCUCCAACAUUAACAGAAACUCAGAUGUGCAGAAUGAACUGAGCACCUGGGGUCUGAGCUUUGAGAACAGGCUACUAAGUAUGAACGGAAGAGUGCUGCCUUCUGAGAGAAUCACACAGGGAGGCAGAGUGUUUGAGUAUAACCCAUGGGCAGCAGACUGGUCUAAAGAAAUGAGAGGUUUCCCUCUUAUUAGCUGCAUGCCUCUGGACAACUGGCUAAUGUUCUACACACGCCGAAAUGCGGAUGUCGCCCAGUCUUUGCUUCAGACUCUCAACAAAGUGGCUGGGCCCAUGGGAAUCCACAUGCAGAGAGCCAUCAUGAUUGAGUACGAGGAUCGUCAGGAAUCUCUAUUGAGAGCCCUACAACAGAAUGUAUCACCUGAAACUCAGAUGGUGGUGGUGAUCCUUCCAACCAAUCGAAAGGAUAAAUAUGAUUGUGUGAAGAAGUACCUGUGUGUGGAUUGCCCCACUCCCAGUCAGUGUGUGGUGUCUCGCACCAUCAGCAAACCUCAAGCACUUAUGACUGUGGCCACCAAGAUUGCCUUGCAGAUGAAUUGCAAAAUGGGAGGAGAGCUGUGGAGUGUAGAAAUCCCAUUGAGGCAGCUGAUGAUUGUAGGCAUUGACUGUUACCAUGAUACUGCUACUGGGAAGAGAUCCAUCGGAGCACUGGUGGCCAGUCUAAAUCAGGGGAUGUCCAGAUGGUUUUCGAAGUGUGUCUUGCAAAACCGCGGUCAAGAGAUCAUUGAUGCCCUGAAAGGAUCUUUGCAAGCUGCUUUGAAGGCAUAUCUGAAGUACAACAAUUCCCUGCCCUCACGCAUCAUUGUGUAUAGAGAUGGAGUUGGGGAUGGCAUGCUGCAGAGCGUGGUGGACUAUGAAGUCCCUCAGAUCAUGCAGUCCAUCAAGACGAUGGGGCAAGACUACGAGCCCAAGCUGUCUGUAGUGGUGGUGAAAAAGCGCAUCAGCUCCAGGUUCUUUGCUCGAAUUGACGGCAAAAUCGCCAACCCUCCUCCUGGAACAGUCAUCGACACUGAAGUGACUCGUCCAGAGUGGUACGAUUUCUUCAUAAUCAGUCAGGCUGUGCGCUUUGGAUGUGUUGCCCCUACUCACUACAACGUGGUGUUUGACAACAGCGGUCUCAAACCAGAUCACAUGCAGAGACUCACCUACAAACUCUGCCACAUGUACUACAAUUGGCAGGGGAUUGUCCGAGUGCCUGCACCAUGUCAGUAUGCCCAUAAACUGGCUUUCCUCGUUGGUCAGUCCAUUCACAAGGAGCCCAACAUGAACCUGGAUGACUUCUUGUACUACCUGUAAUUCAGUGUAAUGAUAUUAUGCAGGGUUUGGAAGCAUAAUAGAGCAUUUGUAUUAGUUUGCUUUCCAGUUGCUUUCUUUUGUAUAUUCACUUUUUUUUUCUUUUCUUUUUUUUUAUAUUUAUUGUUCAGGCAUCUUGCUUUUGUGGUCAAGUUCAAGGUGCAGUUUUCUUGUUCAUGUUAAAUGCUCAGAUAUUUAGUGAUUAGUUUAUCCUCCGUUUAUCCUCUGAUUUCUGAUCAAAAAAAAAAAAAUCAAUGAUAUGUGAAAGUAAUGUGUAAUCGCAUUCAUGUACUGCAUACGGUUGUGUUUCUCACAAUUAAAUGGAGGAUAGAAU